UUAAUGAUAAUGGUCCGAACUAAUAGUAUAAACAAUACCACUGUCCAAUCAGCCCUACUGGAACAGUAUGUACACUAUAAUGCCAGUAGUGAGACACAUAAUGAUCAUAGAACUCAGGUACGAUACCAGUGCUCAGAUCCACUCAAUGUUUUGGUAGGCAAUCCAAUGAGGACAUGUAAUCGUGGCAAAUGGUCGGGCAAUGUACCCCGUUGUGCAAUCAAUUACACAAAUGCAACACAAUUGAUAUCUUUGGCUAUUAAUGAUUACGUAAAACGAUCGACAGUUACAUACAAAUCACUGCCGAAACAUAACAGUUUGGGAGCUUAUACACCUCCAGAAGGUAAACCUGCGAACAACUGUCCAAAAUGGGGUACCAAUUCUAGGCAAACAUGGAUAUUGGGUCUCAACGAUAAUCAAGAUAUAAAUUACAUUAGACUGAGAUUAUAUGCCGAAAAUCUGCAACAAAGAUGGUCACACCAGGAGUUCUCAAUCAAUGUUAGUUUGACAUUAGAGGGAACGGGAUGUGAACUGAGCAAAACUACCAUUAAUAAUAAUUUCGACAAUAAAACAUUGCGAAAGACAAACAGUCAAAAAUAUUUGAACUUUGAAUACCUGUGCGAAAGUACAGACACCAUACAGACAUACAAUACAAGUAAACUUUACAUAGAAUUUGCAUUAAAUAAAAGUAAAGGGAUUAAACCAUUUUCAAUAUCACUGUGCGAUCUACGUGUUUAUCAUUUUGCACAAACAUGUGGUGAACCCGAUGCGCCCGUUUCCACACAAAUACAAAAAAGUUUUAAACACCGGGAGCUCUGGGUGUAUACAUGCAAUGAUAUUGAACAUACACUUGAAGGUUUAUCACAUGUUGGGUGUGGACAUAAUGGCAAAUGGGAGCACGACUUUCCCAAAUGUGUGCCCCGAGCCAACUGCACAGGCCUAAAAUUUGAUGAAUUAGAUGCUCAGCUGUUGGAUAUUAAGUAUGAGAAAACAAUUCGUGGACAACCGAGUGAUGAACUACUGGUGCCUAACGGAGCUACAGCUCAGUUCACAUGUCGAGCAAAUAAUAGCCGUAUUUAUCAAUUGACUGGUGUUUCUCAUGCCGUUUGCCGUAAUGGCCAGUGGCAGGGAUUAGCAAACAAUCCCCGAAACCGACCACAUUGCAUACUAUCUUUUGAAUCCCAGUCCUUAUCGGUGUCCAAAGUAGUAAUACGUGUACUAUCGGCAACACUAUUAUGCUGUGUAUUACUGAUUGUAUGUCUUAUAUUUAGCAUAUUUAAGGCCCGACAGAUUAGGCACCGCAAGAAACUCAAAGAAAUUAAGACCCGAAUAGAUAACAAUUACUAUGAGUCGUGUGGCGGUGAUGCCGAAGAUGAAGGCUAUUGGGAAACUCAUUGUGGUGUCGGUGCCGAUGACCCGGACGUCAAUGAUAAACACAAUACAUGUGCUGAUGACUACUACUACAGUACUAUUCACAGCGAAGAUCUAAAUAAACUACAGAUUAAUCCUAUUUAUAGGGAUAACCUCUCAAUUAUAAGCCAACAGUUCUCAGUAUCUAAUAAUGAAUAUCAAAAGACUAACUCUAUUUAUAGUAUUGAUAUAAAUAAUUUAAAUAAAGUUUAA